AUGGCGUCCGUUUCGACUUCGGCUCUGCCUAAGCAGAACCCUGCUCUCAGACGCACCGUCACCUCAACUACUGUGACGGAUACUGAGUCUGCCGCCGUCUCUCCUUCGGAUUCUCCCCGGCACUCAGCCUCUUCCACCUCGCUUUCGUCCAUGUCCGAGGCCGACAUUUCCAAGUCCAAGACCGAGUACGGUGUCAUGCUUGACACCUACGGCAACAAGUUCGAGGUUCCUGACUUCACCAUCAAGGACAUCUACAACGCCAUCCCCAAGCACUGCUUCCAGCGCUCUGCCCUCAAGGGAUACGGCUACAUCCUUCGCGACAUUGUCCUCCUCGGCACCACUUUCAGCAUUUGGUACAACUUUGUCACCCCCGAGUACAUCCCCUCAACCCCCGUCCGCGCUGGUCUGUGGGCCGUCUACACCAUUCUUCAGGGUCUUUUCGCUACCGGUAUCUGGGUUAUCGCCCACGAGUGCGGUCAUGGCGCUUUCUCCGACUCUCGCCUUGUCAACGAUGUGACUGGUUGGGUUCUUCACUCUUCCCUCCUCGUCCCCUACUUCAGCUGGCAAAUCUCCCACCGAAAGCACCACAAGGCUACCGGCAACAUGGAGCGUGACAUGGUCUUCGUUCCCCGCACUCGCGAGCAGCAGGCUUCUCGCCUCGGCAAGAUGACCCACGAGCUCGCUCAUCUCACUGAGGAGACUCCUGCUUUCACUCUGCUCAUGCUCGUUCUCCAGCAGCUCGUCGGCUGGCCCAACUACCUCAUGACCAAUGUUACCGGCCACAACUACCACGAGCGCCAGAAGGAGGGUCGUGGCGAGGGCAAGCACAACGGUCUUGGCGGCGGUGUUAACCACUUCGACCCCCGCAGCCCUCUUUACGAGCACAAGGAUGCCAAGCUUAUCGUCAUGAGUGAUAUCGGUAUUGCCAUCACCGCCACUGCUCUGUACUUCCUCGUCCAGCAGUUCGGUUUCUACAACAUGGCCAUCUGGUACUUCGUUCCCUACCUCUGGGUUAAUCACUGGCUCGUUGCCAUUACUUUCCUCCAACACACCGACCCUACCCUUCCUCACUACACCAACGAGCAGUGGAACUUUGUCCGUGGCGCCGCCGCUACCAUUGACCGUGAGAUGGGAUUCAUCGGCCGCCAUCUCCUCCACGGUAUCAUCGAGACCCACGUCCUUCACCACUACGUCAGCAACAUCCCCUUCUACAACGCCGACGAGGCUACCGAGGCCAUUAAGCCUAUCAUGGGCAAGCACUACCGCGCUGAUGUUGAGGACGGUCCCCGAGGUUUCAUCCGUGCCAUGUACAAGAGCGCCCGUAUGUGCCAGUGGGUUGAGCCCAGCGCUGAUGCCGAGGGUGCCGGUAAGGGAGUUCUCUUCUUCCGUAACCGCAACCACGUCGGCACCCCGCCUGCUACCAUCAAGCCCGUUGCUUAA